AUCAACGCUCCUUAUUGCGGGAGCCCAUAGGGUGCUCUGCUGAAGGGCAGAAGGGGGGAAAAAAGAACGAAAGCUUUAGAAAGCCACCGAGAGCCUUGGACGCUCCAUCCUGUGUCGCAGGGCCUCGUCGUCGCUCUUCGCUGCCGUCCAGACGCCUCAGUAAGACGAUCAGGGAGUUCGUGUCAUCCACUCCCUGAGCGCACACCGUGCUGCGCUGCCCGCUUCCGUGCCUCUCUCAGCUCGCCAGAGCUCUCUCUACCUUGGCACCUCAGGCGACGUGCAGCGCCCCAAUCACUUGCCGUGGUGGUGCCACCGCUGUGAUACUGCUGCAGGAUCCUUCAGGCGCUCCUCAUCUGCUCCUCCCUUUUUCAAAGCCUUAUCCCGGAGCCGAGCCGGCCCUGGUUUGACCUGGGCGCUCCUGCAUUGCUGCGCUGUCCUUACUGGUCGGGUCGUAUAUAAGCUAGGGCACAAUGCCGGAAGACGGUGUGCAUUCCGGGCCUGAGGCUCCCGGCGCCAUGUCGGAGAGCGAGAACGAGUACGACGAAAACGAGCAGUUCACCAAAGAGGAGGACGACAAGAUGGCGGAUCAGAGUGCCACUUCGGAAGGCGCCGAGGCUAGCGGCGAGGUCAAAAAGAAGUAUGACCCGAAAGACCCCUUGCGGCCUCGCAGGAAGAAGGCCCGGCGGGCCUGCUUCGCCUGCCAGAGAGCCCACCUGACUUGCGGGGACGAGCGGCCAUGUCAGCGGUGCAUCAAGCGCGGGCUGAUGGAUAGCUGCCAAGAUGGAGUGAGGAAGAAGGCCAAGUAUCUGCACGAUGCGCCCCCUGAGGCGUUAAGGCCGGUCCUGGGUCCGAACUAUAACCCAAACCCGACGCCGCCACGGCAGAACGACCCCCGCCAUCCCAGCAUCUCGGCUUCGGAGGCAUCCUCCGCCGCGGGGACCUUCUUCUCGCAGCAGUCCUCCACUCAGUUUCCCCUCUUCUCUAACGCCCAGACCCCGAUGGGGACCAUGGCGGAGUCUAUUCCGUUUGCGAGCCAGCAGUCGCCCGUAUCCCCAUCCUUCCAGACAUCAAGCAACUCACAAAUGGGGGGUUUGAAUGUGCCGCCUGUGUCGAGCCCCAUGACAAACUUCGGUGCCCUACCGUUCGACCCGAGCGAUCCAAACAUCUUCAACUUCAACCUCGAGGGACUCAACUUCGGCAGCCAGUAUGGCGCCAUGGAAUUUGGGAUGCUGGGGCACAUGUCAUCCGGUGCUGCCGAGACGCCUCCGCAGGAUAACACGAUGCCACAGUCCGCGAGCGGCAGCCUCGGCUAUGGGCCCGGCGUGUUCGCCAACGGCGUCAACCAGUUCGACCUGCUCGACGGUUUCCUCGGCUUGGACGCCAGCCAGAACGGCGUAUAUUCCCAAGGUAACCUACAGCAUGGGCUCCCACACGCUUAUGCGAUAGCUGCAGCCCCCGGCAGCGCCCAGAGUCCCAGUACCGACAAUAACAGUCCGCAACCAACCACGCUUGGAUUCGAUGGCUCUCCCACCAUGGCAACCUUCGCCUCGACGUCGGGGUCGACCAAUAAGCCAGCAAGCCAGGCGCGACCAUCCACCAGACAAGCAAGCGCCCUGGCCAAACUUGGCCAGCAGUCGAUCCUAGGGAAGCGCGACAGGGACCCUUCUUUUAUCUACGACUCAGUCAAAGAACCGUUCGGGUACGUUGCGAGCUUCCACAGGCUCUUCAAUCUCAUCCAGAGCCGGUUCUCGGCGGCACACGCGUCGCGCAUCGCAAAGUCGCUGGCUAGCAUCCGGCCGUCCCUGUUGGCGUCAACAAGAAACUUGACAAGGCAAGACCUGGUCUUCAUGGAGAAGUACUUUCAGCGGUCGCUGUUCGAGUACGAGGAGUUUAUGCAUCAAUGCUCCAGCCCGACGCUCGCCUGCAGACGGACCGGCGAAGUGGCAGGCGUCAACAAGGAGUUUACGGCGCUGACAGGGUGGACCAAGGACGUCCUGCUCGGCAAACAGCCGAAUCGCAACGUCAACCUGGGAGGCGCGGCGGCCGGCAACGCGAGUUCCAAGGGGCGGGUCGGGCUCGCAACUCCGCGGCUGAAGAGUCUCAACGCCGAGUCCCUCGGGUCCACGGACGGCCCGCAGCCGGUCUUCCUCGCCGAAAUUCUGGACCACGACAGCGUCGUCGAGUUCUACGAGGACUACUCGCAGCUCGCCUUCAACGACAGCCGAGGCCACAAGACGCGCAAGUGCCGCAUCUUGAAGUAUCGGCCGCCGGACAAGGAGGACGGGGCGGGCGAAGGCACUGCCAGCGAGCAGACGCCGCAGAAGGAUCCGCGGGAUAGCAUUCUGAGCAACCGUGUGGCCAAGAUCGACGGCGAGCACGGGAUAUCGAAGCUGGAGCGCGACGGCAAGUUGGAAUGCAGCUACACGUGGACCAUCAAGCGCGACAUGUUUGAUAUGCCCAUGUUGUUCAUCAUUAAUUUCCUUCCAUGCUAUUAUCUGAACCAUAACCAAUUGGCCGUGUAAACGGAGCAUCCAUGCAUUUUCGGAUCGGAAAAGAAAAGGACACGCAAAAACGGGUUGCAUUUCACGGUGUCGGGCAAAAUUGGGAUUCAGAUACCUCAGCAGUGUAUUUUGUGAGCAUUUUCUUCCCUGGACCUUCAGCCCCAGGCAUAGGGCUGGGCCGAAAUCGAACAUGUCUACG